AUGCGGUAUUCCACAAAGACAAGAGUACUGCAGUCCAACAGUUGGGGAAAUGAAGGGGUUAUUAAGAGUUUGCAGGUUUCCUUCCUGCGCGUGGGGAGCAGCCGCGGGUCCCGGAGCUCGCGCAGGCGCGCGAGGAGCAGCCCCCCCCCCCCGGGUCCCGGCGCUCGCGCAGGCGCGUGGGCAGCAGCCCCGGAGCUGGCGGCCGUCUGUGCCCGGAGCCGGACGGGGAGCCGCUGCCCGCUUGUCCGCGGCGCGCAGGGGCGUGGGGGGCGGCGGCCCCGCGGGCAGGCCCCUGGGAGGCGGUCCUGGUGCUCCCCCCGGCCGGCCGGGGUGCAGGUCCGCAGGCUCCGCGGCCCCUCGGCUGCUCCGUGCUUAGGGAGGGCCGGGCCGUCGGCGCCCCCGCGGCCUGCGCGGGAACGGAGGCGGCGCCGUGGUCCGGGGAGGGGCCCCGCGCGUCCUCAGGCGCCCGCACCGCGUCUGCGCGCGAACCUCGUGGCCGCCCCAGGGACGCUGGCUCAGGCCUGUGGUCCCGAGGUUCCAAGGAGAGUCGGGGGAGCCGCGGCCGACGCGUCCUCUUACUGUUCUUUCCUCAUUCUUGGAAGGAUCUGCCUAAGCCUGGAGAGAGAUGAUCCUCCCAGCGCUGACAGUCCCCGGAUGCCACCUCCCUGCUGGCGACUGUCAAGCGCCUGUGGCCUUCCUGGCAAUUCCACAGAUGGCAGAUUGGAACCACUCUGGAUCCUGCUAACACCUUGGCAUCUCUUCCUGCACAGAUUUUAAAUGGUCAAACUGUUUUUUUGUUGUUUUGGUUCCUUCCAGAUUUCGCUCUCAUCUCAAGCAAAAGCAAGGUAAAUUUUGUGAAAAUGUUAGGACAAUCUCUAGCAUACAGACAGAGUUACUUGGACUGGGAGAGCUGGAGCUUCCUUAAAGAAGCUUCUUGUUCCUUGUCAGAGGGCCUGAGCUUUCUCUUGUCCCUUUGGGGAACAUUGGACAGUACGAUUGUGCUAAUGUGAAUGAAAGUACCUGAACUGCAUCUCAUUCAGUCUUCACAGAGAGACUAUAAGGUGUCACCUCUAUUUUGUGAAAUACAAAAUUAAGAACUUAAGUCACGUUGAAGGUAAAUGAUUUUGUCUAGAGGGACAGAACUGAGUAUGAGCCUGGAACUCUAGGACUUCAAGCACUUGUGCUCUUGUCACCUACGUCGUGCUGUUACCUGGUGGCUGUUAAACCACAGGGCUAAUUUCUGUCUCCUCUGCCCCACUAGACUAGCAACCUAGAUGUCAAAAGAAGAGGAGUCUCAGGAUUAGUCUGGAUUGUUAGGUUGAAUCAGUGCCUUUUGCAAAGUUUUCCUCUGUGAACUAGAAUUUAAAUUUGUACAGUUACGCUUAUAUAUCUCUGAAAGUUUUUUUCCUUCUCCAACCAAUCUAAGACCAAAAGGAAUCACAGUUACUAAUAAACAUCAAGAGAGAACUGGUGUCUUUUUUAUAUUAAAAAAAAGGUAAGAAAAUCAAUCAACAUGAAGUCUCAAAAUAUUUUCUGUUUCUUUUAAAGAAAAUACAAUAUUUACCUGCACAUGCAAUUUUUGCAUGCUUCACAAAAAAGCUUGUUGUGCCUGGGUGGCUCAUUAGUUGAGUGUCUGCCUUCGGCUCAGGUCAUGAUCCUGGGAUCUUGGGAUCAAGCCCCACGUUGGGCUCCCUGGUCAGCAAGGAGUCUGCUUCUUUCUCUCCCCUCUGCUCCUGCUGUCCCUCGCAAAUAUAUAAAUGAAAUCUAAACAAAAAACAAAAACAAAAAAAAAACCAACUAAUUUCAGGCAGAAAGGAAAAAAAAUCACUCAAAAUGAAGCCAAUUUUUUUUUUUUUUAAGAUUUUAUUUUUUCAUUCAUGAGAGACAGAGAAAGGCAGAGACAUAGGCAGAGGGAGAAGCAGGCUCCACGCAGGGAGCCCAGUGUGGGACUCGACCCCGGGACCCCAGGAUUAUGUCCUGAGCUGGAAGGCAGACACCCAACUGCUGAGCCACCCAGGCGUCCCAAAAUGAAGUGAAUUUCAAUUUAUUUUACACAAACACAUUUAAGUAAAUAUUAAAGAAGUAAGGCCACCAUACACAUAAAACACUGUCUACUUAAAUGUAUGUUUUGAUCUUUUUUUUCUCUCAUAUAUUCAGAAGGUGUUUCUGUAGUCUUGACUUAUUUGGCCCUGGCGUCCUCUCCCACCUACCCACCUACCAUGCUGUGUUCCCUGUGUGCCUUGAUUCUGAGUCUGUCCAAGUUGUGACAGCUAGUUCUGUUAAUAUGGACGGCAGCAGUAUCAGUGAGCCUUCCAUUCCCCAUUCUUCCAUGUGUGCACCAAGGAAAUGGAAAUGAGCCCAAACUCUGUAAGUCAGUGGGGAAACACACAUCUCCAGAACAUUAUUUGUUCAGGUGUUUUCCAGGCAAUGAGAAUAACACCAGGUCUCAAGCUCCAGUGGCUCUUUCCACUGCCUAUACCAGCAUAAAAGCCAAACACUUCAGCCUGAUAUUUAAGGCUACCUUCCUCCUCAUUCUCAUUUCCUUCCACUCCAUCAAUGAACCUCUCAGGCAAGGCUCCAAAUCACCACUGAAAAUGCUCACUUAGAGGCAGGUAAGUAAUUUUCAAAGGUUCCUGGGUCUACUCUUAAUUAUCUGUGCAACUUGCACGAAUUGUCUUGCUGCUACAGUGGGCCUGCAGCCUUCAUAUCCCGGCCUCAUGCUCUGAUGUUUGCCCAUACUGGGUCUUUGCCUUGUAUCCUUACACACCAGAGCCCUUCCUUGGUGGGCCUGAUCUUUCCCCAGUCUCUGGAAACCUCCCAAAUCAUAGGUGGUCAGGCUGCAAACGUAGUUGUCCCAAACCAGUGUCUGCCUCCCUCCUUGGUUUAUCAUGCUGAUGUGUUUCCCCCCCAUCAGGCUACACUCUUCCCUCCCCGAACCCCAUCUGUGUCUGUAAACUCCCUCUGGCACAAGACUCCUUCCACUUGGCUGUCUCCAGAAGCCCUGUCUCUACAUCUCUUGGCGGCUGCCAGUAUCCUUGUCACUGGGUUCCCUGUAUACCUUGCCCAGAGUGUACAAGGUUAUUAAACUCAGCAAUCCCAAAGAUUAAAUGUGGAAUAGGAAUGAACUGGGGUGAUAAUCUGGUCCUUGUUAGAGCUUUGUAAAAUGCUAGACAGACAUGAGGUCCUGAUAUUCCUGAUCCUGAAACCUCCUUUCCCCAUUGCCGGAUGCUUUUGAGUCUACAUUCUGUCCCAGAAGUCUCAUCUCCUCUCAGGGACCAGCCCAAGGCCCUGCUACUACCCACUCACACAGUGCACUGAGGGCCCCUGCGAAUUCCUAGAGCCCUCGCUGUUGGCAUUGGUCUUGGUGACAUUUCAUCAGAUCCUCCUUGGUGAGCCAGACUCAGAGGAGACCUGGUUCUUAUAAAAGAAGGGGCUGGACAGUGCUCUGGGCCUUUCAGGUCCAAAGUUUUAUGUGUAUUGACUUUUUCCUUCUCAUUUAAACUUUAUGUUUUACUUUUUUUUUUUUUUUUUAAAGGGAGGGAGAAGGAGAGAGACAAUCUUAAGCAGGCACCAUGCCCAGUGUGGAACCCGACACAGGGCUCUAUCUCAACAACCCUGAGAUCAUGACCUGAGCCAAAAGAGUCAGACAUUUAACUGACUAAGCCACCUAGGUGCCCCCAGACUUUAUGCUUUUGAUUCCCAUCACAACUUAGAGCAUAGUGCCAGGCUCUCAGAGAUCCUAUAAAUGUAUUUCUGAAUUGGUGACCGAAUAACAGGUUUGUCUUACUAAUAGGGUAAAGCGAUUUUCCACUUUGUUGUUUAAAUUUAUUUUUGUUUUUAUUUUAUUUUAUUGUUUUUAGCAUAAGUGUAGUCUUUAAUUUCAGCUAUUGUACCCAUCUUGCCACCCACCUCCCCUCUGAUAACCAUAGGUUUGUACUCUAUAGUUAAGAGUCAGUUCCUUGGGAUCCCUGGGUGGCGCAGCGGUUUGGCGCCUGCCUUUGGCCCAGGGCCGAUUCUGGAGACCCCAGAUUGAAUCCCACGUUGGGCUCCCGGUGCAUGGAGCCUGCUUCUCCCUCUACCUAUG